AUGACCGAAGAAGAAACACUUGAUGCUUUCCGUAGAUUACAUUUCAACAAAAACGUACAAGAACGGCAGGCAAUGAGCGAGAAGGUGGACCUACAAGUGACAACGAAUAGUGGUCCGAUUGUGGGUGUCUUACAGAAGACAUUUUUCAAUAAAGUGUCUUAUAUAUCUUAUAAGGGAAUCCCAUAUGCACAACCACCCAUCGGUCCAUUGAGAUUUAAGGUAAAUUUGAACAUUGUAAACCCACAUCAUAAAUAUAUUGCCAGAAUAACAAGAAUACAGCCAAUGACAUCUCUAAACCAACUCAUUUUGAGCGGCGCUAAAACCAAAAGCAAAUUACCUGUAAUAUUCUACAUCCCUGGUGGAGCUUUCGUAGAGGAAGAUGGAAGUGAUUUGUAUCAAGAACCCGAUUUUAUGAUGGAGGAAAAUGUCAUUCUGGUCACAAUCAACUAUCGUUUAGGUUUAUUUGGUUUUGCUAAUUUCGAUGCGAAAUAUAGUAUAGCCACCGGCAACAUGGGCUUGAAAGACCAACGAGAAGCAUUCAAAUGGAUUAAAAGUAACAUUGACGCUUUCGGCGGUGAUCCAAAAACUAUAACGAUAUAG